AUGACAGUUCUGCACUUCGCGGCCAGGGCAGCAGGGGUGACGGGCCGAGGUGCAAUCCUGAUGCCGAACGACUUGACAGGCUGCUGCCCCGGAGCGCCCGCACGAAGCGACGCCGUCAAGAGCCCAUUUUCGCGACAUCGAGCGUCAAGGUGCCACGACCCCGUAUCUUACGUUGAAAACCGGGACCCCAGUGCAUUGGAGUCGCAUGCUCUUGACCCAUUGCAGUCGGGGAGAACCAUAAACGCGACGAGCUCCCCAGCAGCAACGCCCGCGACGUCCCCUUCGUCCACGCCACGGGCGGCGGAGGGUACCGGGACGGCAGCGCUUGCAGCCAGGGUCAAGAAGGCGACUGCGCAGGUCGAGGCAGUCGAGAAGGCAGCUGCAGCUGUGACACAGAAGGCCAAGACGGUUCUAGCCAACACCUCGGUCACCGAGGGGACGGUGAAGGAGCUCCAACAGAGCCUUCAGAAGCAGCAGGCGGCCGUGGGCGAGGCCCAGAAGAAUCUGGCCCAGGAGAUCAACGACGUUCGCAAGGGCGGUCCCCCUGCGACAGCAUCGGUGACGGAGAUGUCGAAGCUGCUUCCCAAAGUCCGAGCGGCACAGGCCGGUGUCGUGGAGCAGCUGAACAAGGCCCGCGCCGCCCUCGCCAAGUUGGGCCAGGCAGGAGGGAAGGAGAAGGAGGAGAAGGACUCCAAGGACUUCCAGGAGGCCUUCCCGGCCAUCAAGGACCUCACCUCUGUCGCCGAGGAGUCUGUCGUUGCCAUUGUGACAAUGGCCGAGCCUAUCAUCUCCAAUCCUCCGGCCGAGGGCAGUGAUGACCUGAAGAAGGCCCUGGAUGAGGUGGAGGCCGCCUCCACUGACGCGCAGACCAAGAUUAAUGAGGCUCGCAAGGAGAUCACGCAGAAGCUGACUGGGGCAAAGAACUACGCCGGUGAAGCCCGCAAGACUGCGCUCACCGAGUACUCCGCGCUCCAGGCGAAGCUGACGGAGGCGCAGCGGAAGCUGGGCCCUUUCAGGACCUUCAAGAAGGACUUCCAGCAGAGAGUGAAGGCCAAGCAGGCUCUCUCCGACCUGGCAGACAAGCUCAGCAACGCGGAGCUCGAGGUGGAGAAGGCUUCGCUUCUCUGCCGCGGUUUUGCUCGGCAGUAA